GGGCGGCGGCUGUGUCAGAUUACGUCAUCAUUAGUUGCCGGAGGUGAGAUACUGGCUGUCAGGGAGCCGAUAGCGCCGUUAUGUUGCGCUCUGGAAUAAGCGCAGUCGCUAUUACUCGGCUACACUUUUUUCGCCCGGGGCUGAGCUCCGCUAGAGCGACAGUAGCACUUGGUCACGUGCAGAGAAGAAAAACCUGUGACGCAGCCGCCAUUGUGCAGUACCGCCUCACGGACACCAGAUGGCGUUUUGAAACAGCAAGUCACGUGUGCGCUAAUACAGGAGUCGCUGUGCAGUACCGGGAAGGGACCGGCGGGUGGCGCCAGAGUGACAGUGGGAAGGAGACGAGGUGCAGAAGGGGAAUCUCAGUCCUCACAGCGGCGCUAUUGGUCCAUUGUUACAGCCGGAGCAACAAGUCGAAAGGGGAGGAGCUUCUUUUAGCCGCACGGGAUGGCAGUGCCCAAGAGGUGGACAGGCUCCUGGCAAACAAUGUGGAUCCCAAUUCCCGACACCAACUGGGCUGGACCCCCCUGAUGGUGGCAGCGAUGGGCCGAGAACAGAGUAUUGUGAAAUCCUUGCUACGGGCCGGCGCUGAUCCAAACCUUGGGGAUGAGUUCUCUAACGUGUAUGAGACUUCCAAGGAGAAGGGACUGCACUCAUUAGAAGUGCUGGUUACCCGCGAGGACCAAUUCAGUGACCGACUCAACAACAGGACCAGUUUCCGGGGCUGCACCGCUCUCCAUUACGCUGUGUUGGCCGAUGACUAUGGGACAGUCAGGGAGUUGCUGGAGGGAGGAGGGAACCCCAUGCAGAAGAAUGACAUGGGACAUACCCCCAUAGACUACGCACGCGAGGGGGAACUGAAGAAGCUGCUGAAAGGCUGGGAGAGUCGGUUCCAAGAGGAGCAGAGGAGACGGGAUUUGGAGGAGAGGAGGAGGUUCCCGCUGGAGCAGCGGCUGAAGGAGCACAUUGUGGGCCAGGAGAGUGCAAUCACUACAGUAGCAGCCGCCAUCCGCAGGAAGGAGAACGGCUGGUAUGAUGAAGAGCACCCCCUCGUCUUCCUCUUCCUCGGAUCCUCUGGCAUAGGUAAAACAGAACUGGCCAAGCAGACGGCGCGGUACCUGCACAAGGAUGUUAAAAAGGGUUUUAUCCGCAUGGAUAUGUCGGAGUUUCAGGAAAAGCACGAGGUCUCCAAGUUCAUUGGUUCCCCCCCGGGAUAUGUGGGGCAUGAAGAGGGGGGUCAGCUGACCAAGAAGCUAAAGCAGUGCCCCAAUGCCGUGGUUCUGUUUGAUGAAGUGGACAAAGCCCACCCGGACGUACUGACCAUCAUGUUACAGCUCUUUGAUGAGGGCCGACUGACCGAUGGCAAAGGAAAGACCAUCGAGUGUACAGAUGCCAUCUUUAUCAUGACGUGUAACGCUGGGAGUGAGGAGAUAGCGCAGCAUUCCCUGCAACUCCGUCACGAGGCCCACGACAUGAACAACAAGAGACUGGCACAGAACCUGGGUAAGAACCUGAGCUGUGAGAAGAUCACUAUUUCCAAGCAAUUCAAAGAAAAUGUCAUCCGACCCAUAUUAAAGGCUCAUUUCAGAAGAGACGAAUUCCUUGGCCGGAUCAAUGAAAUAGUCUACUUUCUGCCCUUCUGCCGCUCGGAGCUCUCGCAGUUGGUCAGGAAAGAGCUGAACUCCUGGGCCAAAAAGGCCAAACAGAGACACAGUAUCAACCUGAUGUGGGACCGGGAAGUGAUUGAUGUACUGGCAGAUGGCUACAACAUCCACUACGGGGCCCGAUCCAUCAAACAUGAGGUGGAGAGGCGGGUGGUGAACCAACUGGCGGCUGCAUAUGAACAGGACCUACUGCCACAUGGCUGUACACUAAGGAUAACGGUGGAGGAUUCCGACAGGCGCCUGAUGAAGGACAAGGAUGGGAAUGUGGAGGGGGAAGAGAGGAAAGGGACUCGGAUACGACUGGAGUUAGUGGAACAGGGGAAGACGGGCCGGAGGCUGGACAUCCAGGAGCCCCUCACUCCAGAAGACUUGUCCUUCUCCUGAGCACUGGGGGUAUAAUAUGACUUUAUAAGGACUUUAUAAGUCCAAUACUGGGGCAACAUAAGGGCAGAAAUAAACAUGGACUUUGUGACAAGUGAACUGACUUAUAGGUUUAUAUCCUGGUUGAACCAACCAUCAACCUGCCGGCCCAAUAUGGAGGUGCUGAUCAGUACUGAUACAUUGGACUCCCCAAAUACUUUCCCUACUGCUCCUGAGCUGGGGUGCACAACCAAUCAGCAGGUGGAAUGGGACACUGGCAGUUUUUAUUGUCUAGCUAUGAUACAUCACCCUAGCAACCAGUCUGGAGUAGAGUAGAGAUCUGCUUCCCUGUGUAUAAAGCAGUGUAUUGUGUGUAUUCACCUACUCCCAGUGCCCCCUCUGUACUCUGAUCCAAUGCUCGGCCAAUUGCAACGCAUCCUGCUGGGAGUUGUAGAUUCCACAGUAAAAGCUCAUUUAUA